AUACAGAGAUCAAUGGCGGACAUGGGAAAUUCAGGUGCCCGCAUCGGAAUUAAAGUUGUGCUUUUCUGUAUAUUAGUAAUCGAAGUAGGAUCCACGUUUCAGCUUCAAAAUGUUAAAAUGAGCACAGCCAAAGAAUGGUCAGAGAAAAUCAGUAUGAAGUUAAAUACAUCUUCAAUGGGGGAAUCAAUGGGUUUUUCAAAUUUCAUUGAAGUUCAAUACAAUAAGGCAGAAAGUUACAUAACAUUUGAAAAGAAUAAUGGAGUUGAACUAGUGAGAGAGAUGGCCACACAACUAGAAAAAAUGCUUGGAAAGAAAAUGGCAGCACUGAAGGAUUUAGUUAAUGCAGCUGAAACUGCAGUGAGAGAUCACAAAUGGAGGGAGGAUAUGAGGAUUGGUGAUGUGCAAUAUUGGGAUGCCAAGAACCACAGUCAACUGAAUGAUAUUCUUUCAUACAAUGAACGAUUCCUACAAUCUAUCAAUGAAUCUGUAUCAACAGUUCACAUUCCAGUAGAAAUUUACAAUGGAAAUAUUGACAUAUUAAAUGGUCUAAAGUGGUCCAAUGAUUUAGACCAGGCAUUCCUCAAGAACUAUGAAAAUGAUCCUGACAUCCUGUGGCAGUACUUUGGUAGUCAGACAGGGUUUAUGAGAACAUUUCCAGGAAGUAAAUGGAGCAUAAAACAUAAUGAUGUUGAUCUGUUUGAUGUCAGAAGAAGACCAUGGUAUACACAAGGCUCUAGCUCACCAAAAGAUAUGUUAAUUCUCAUAGAUACAAGUGGAAGUGUACAUGGGCAAGCUUUAAGUUUAAUCAAAGUGGCAGUCAAAUCCAUUCUCGACACACUUGGAGAAAAUGAUUUUGUCAAUAUUGCAAAUUUUUCCAAAAGUGUGACAUUUGUCAGCUGUUUUGAAACAUUUGUCCAGGCUAACCACAGAAAUAAGAAGAUUUUAAAGGAGGGAGUUGAUAACUUACAAGCAAAAGAUAUGGCCAAUUAUGAGUCAGCUUUAACAUUUGCAUUUGAUGAAUUUGAUAAGUUUGACAAUUCAAGCAACAGUGGUGCUAAGUGUAACAGGAUGAUCAUGCUGUUGACUGAUGGAGGUACUGAUGAUGCAGAAAAGGUCUUUAAUGAACGCAACUUUAAAAGACCAGAUGAGGACCAAGUUAGGGUAUUUACAUAUGCAGUUGGACAGACAGCAAAUCCAAAUAGAGGUAUCAGAUGGAUGGCUUGUGCUAAUAGAGGUAAAUUUUCAGAAAUUCCAGCUAUGGGAGCAAUCAGAGCUAGAGUACAGGGUUAUGUAGAUGUAAUAGCUCGCCCUGUUGUGCUUUCAAAUCGGCAUGACAAGAAAUGGAAUAGCGUGUACCGUGACGGACUGGGUUUGGGGAUGAUGACAACUGUUACUUUACCUGUCUACAACAAGACUGAUAAUGCUGAUCGUCAGGCCAAUCAAACUAUACUAGGAGUGAUGGGAACUGACGUGACUACAGCUCAGAUGGAGAAGUAUACUCCUGUAUGGAAGCUUGGCCCAAAUGGAUACAGCUUUGCUAUUAAUGCGAAUGGUUAUGUGAUGUUCCAUCCUAAGUUAAGAGUUCAUGAUGAUUUUAAAGACCCACCAAAUAUGGAUUUUCUAGACAUCGAAGUAGAAAAUAAGGAGAAGGAAGAGACUAAAUCAGUUGGGAACAAGCUGAGAAAAAACAUGACAGAUGGUAUAACUGGUGACGCUUCCAUGGUUACCUAUGUAAUUUCUGCUGACAAUAAUCAUACAGAUCAAGAAAGAAGACAUUAUUUUUACAGAAACAUUAAAAACACUUCAUUCAGUCUUGGACUCAGUAUUCCAUCUUACCAGCAAUAUACAAUGGUUUUUACAUCAACACCACAGAAUAUAGUUAAAAAUGGGACACCUUUUAUAGAAGAUAAUAAAAGUAUAGUGUUGGUAGCUCCUUGGCAGUAUGUCAAGAAUGGGUCAGUAGCCAGCAAUCUUUCAGAUAUUUAUAGUGCUUACAAGAAAUGGGAGAAGUCGGGCAAAGAUGAUGGUUUCUGGGACAAUGAGAGGCUAUUAACAUUACACUUGGAUCUGGAAAAGACUAAACAUAUGCAUGAAUUUUUCAAUCAGUUUAUGCUUAAUAGGACAGAAGCUAUAUUUGUAGCCACAUAUGGAGGUCUGACCAGAAUUUGUCCAACUGGAUCAAAAUACAAAGAAAAAAUAGAAAGGGACAGAGAUACAUGGAAGGCAUCAUAUUUUAAGAGGGCUCUAGAUUACGACGGACUUGUAUUCAGUGCUCCUUAUACUCUGAAGGAAAGAACUGAGAAUGACACUGAACCUAUUCCUGAUAUAAUGAUAACCAAAAGUGUGACUGUAACAGCAUAUAACUACAAACCUGCUGUCAUUGGAUCAUUUGUCAAACAUGAGAAGAUAGUAGAGAUAUUAGGGACAGAGACUGAUCAGAAUUGUGGAGUAGACUCCAGUAUUGAUUGCUAUUUACUUGAUGAUGGUGCUUUCCUGAUUGCUAGUAAUAGGGAAGAUCACUUUGAUGAGGUUGGAAGAUUUUUUGGGAAAAUAGAUCCUCUGUUAAUGCACGAGCUGUACAAUAUGUCAGUGUAUCAAAGGUUAGAAGAUUUUGAUUACCAGGCCACAUGCUCAUUAAAUGACAGCAUAACAAGCAGUGCUAUUCGACUACGUAUUCCAUCCAUUAACAUACUGUUUGAGUUACUGACAGUGAACUGGUGGUCAUCUAUUUGGACUUGGUGGGUGUCAAACUUAAGUUUUUACAGCUGGUUAAAUGCUCCAGUUGUAGAGACAGCUACCGCACCAGAAGUUAAUAAAAACUGUAUAAAAAGACAAGCUCAGUAUUAUAUACCUACAGAUUUCAGUGAAAUAGAGGGUGUAAUUGAAUGUAUAAAUGUUAACUGUACAAGGAAUUAUAAAGCAAUAAAAUUAAACAACAGCAAGCUGAAGAGCAAUCUAAUGUUUGUCAUGGCUGAUGCAAAAUGUGAUGGGUGUUUAGAAGAGAAGAGCAGUGAGAUGGAUCUUCUUCAAGAACCACAAGUUUAUGAAAAGGAAAGUGAGCAUUUUUGUAAUAAGCAGGCAAGAUACAGAAGGGUGACAGAGCCAUGUUAUGAUUAUCAUGAGAAGGAAGAAAGUGAUUGUAGUGGACCACUAUCAACACCAGUGUCAGUAGCAGUGAUUGUCAUAGCAACAAUUGUAACUGUUUUAUGCACAUGGAUUAGAUGAUAGUAGCAUGAAAUGUAAAGAAAUAAAUACAUGUAAAUGCCGCUUUAAGAUUCCUCAAUUAAUGGUGGAUUAUUGGAUAGAGUAAAACGGUCUGGAAUUGUGCUGAAAAAAAUACCGCUGUAAUCAUGUGUACAUAUUUCAUCGAUUGUGUUUAAAGUUGCCAAGUACAUUAUACUUAAUAUCAUCUGUUCAUGUUGUUUUGUUUUGUCACAUCAGGUUUUUUUUUUCUGAUAAAAUUUAAUGCUGUUAGAAAUUGUGGUUCCUCUGUAUGGAUAUUUUGAAUUUAUAAAAAAAAUAAUUUACAGAACCAUUAAAUACUUACAGUUUUUACCAAAUUGUAAGAGAACAGCAUUUUAGAAAUUACUUCAUUAAGGAUCAGAUUUUUUUCAUAUUUAAAAGUAUAGGUGAUGGUGUUCUAGAAGAGUAAGAUUUAUUAUACAGUGAAAUAAAAAAAAAUAUUGUUCUAAUAAAUUUUGAGACAUGAAUGUUGCUUAAUCCAAUAUAAAAUAUUGCACUAGACAUUAGUUCCCCAAUUUUUUGGUCAUUCAUACUUACAUACAUCAGUAUUAAAGUUAAUGUGAUGGUACCCAAUUUGCUCUUAUUUUGACGGUUUUCCCCUCUGUUUAUUUAUGAUCCAGACAAAAGUUUCCACUCUGUGUUUAUUUUGUAGAUGUAUCCUUAUUAUUAUAGUUCCACCAAUAUAAUUUUAGAGGCCAUAUUGAAUCAUAGUAAAAUUUGUUUGAAUCUACCUCCCAAAGAUCGAUGAUUCUGUAAUGAGGAGUACUCAAAUUGCAUCCAUGCUUAAAUUCA